UUUUUCAAUCUACUUUAAUUAUUUACAAAUAAAUCUGGUAGGUCUAAACUGAAAAAUCGAAAUAGAUACAUUGGUUGACACGGACAUAACUUAUAUCGUUAAAUAACAGAAUUUUCAUUUUUUAUUUAUGAAAAUUUGUGUGCUUGGGAGUCCCUGAUGAUUAAAUAAACCAAGAUUUUACCAUGACUACAAUUUUAGAGCGACGCGAAAGCGAAAGCCUAUGGGGUUGCUUCUGUAACUAAAUAACCAGCAUCGAAAACCGUCUUUACAUUAGAUGGUUUGGUGUUUUUAUGAUCCCUACCUUAUUGACUGCAACUUAUAUAUUUAUUAUUGCCUUCAUUGCUGCUCCUCUAGUAGAUAUUGAUGGUAUUCGUGAACCUAUUUCUGGAUCUCUACUUUACGAAAACAACAUUAUUUCAGGUGUCAUUAUUUCUACUUCAGCAGCUAUUGGUUUGCACUUUUACCCGAUAUGGGAAACGACAUCCGUUGAUGAAUGGUUAUACAAUGGAUGUCCUUAUGAACUAAUUGUUUUACAUUUCUUACUUUGUGUAGCUUGUUACAUGGGUCGUGAGUGGGAACUUAGUUUUUGUUUGGGUAUGCGACAUUGGAUUGUUGUUGCAUAUUCAGUUCUUGUUAUAACUGCUACUAUUGCUCUUGAUCUACUUGGUCAAUGAAGUUUUUUCUAAUGGUAUGCCUCUAGGAAUCUCUAGUACUUUCAAC